GAGCGCGGCGCCGCGGUCGGGGGCGGUGCUGGGGAAAGGGCCGCGUCCCUUGGCCGCGUUAUUCCCGCCUUCUCCUCCUCCUCCGCCGCCGCCGCCGCCCGGCCGCGGGGCGGGGCUCCUGGGGUUAGCUGCCGCUCGGCCCGUGGCGCAGCGCCGGGCCGGGCAGGGCAGCGGGUCCUCGGCCAGGGCGGCCGGCGGUUCAUCUGAAACUGGAUGAAAGAAGAGAAUGGAUAUGGGUAACCAACACCCAUCCAUAAAACGGUUGCAUGAAAUACAGAAGGAGGUCAAAGAGAUUGAACAGCAAGUGGCAGUGUUCAGUGGUCUGUCUACUGAUCGAGAUUACAAGAAAUUAGAAAGGAGCCUUACUAAACAGCUUUUUGAAAUAGAUUCUGUAGACACCGAAGGAAAGGGGGAUAUUCAGCAAGCCAGAAAGCGAGCUGCUCAGGAAACAGAGAGGCUGCUUAAGGAACUGGAACAAAAUGCAAACCAUCCGCGCAGACUGGAAAUAGAGGCUAUAUUCAAGGAGGCACAGUCACUUGUGGAACGUGAGAUUACACCUUUUUACAAAGGAGGUAACUGUAUAAGUGACGAAUUUGAAGAAGGUAUUCAGGACAUUGUAUUGAGGCUUACCCAGGUGAAAACUGGAGGGAAAGUUUCUCUACGCAAAGCAAGAUAUCGCACUCUGACAAAAGUAUGUGCUGUUCAGGAGAUUAUAGAAAGCUGUGUAAAGCAACAGCUGUCCCUGCCACUCUCUAAUGAUGCGCAUCCUUCUGUCUCCAAAAUUAACUCUGUAAUGUGUGAUGUGAACAAAGCAAGAGGAACUCUUAUUGCGCUUCUAAUGGGAGUGAGUAGUAAUGAUACCUGCAGGCAUCUCUCCUGUGUGCUUACAGGCCUCAUUGCUGAUUUGGAUGCUUUAGAUGUCUGUGGUCGCACGGAAAUAAGAAAUUACAGAAAGGAAGUAGUGGAAGAGAUCAAUAAAUUGCAGAAAUACCUGGACUUGGAAGAAGAAGCAAAUUCUACUCACGCUUACGAUUUGGCACAAAAUCAGUCCAUUCUAAAAAUAGAAGAGAUCCGCAAGAAAAUGAAGGAAGUUAAUUCUUUACUUUUAAAAACAGAGAAUGCUUCUGAUUUGUAUUUGGGAUCCAAAGCAGAAUUGCAGGGAUUAAUUGCCCACUUAGAUGAGGUGAGUCCAGGAAAAAACCCCUGUAUUAGAGAAGCCAGGAGAAGAGCAGUAAUAGAGGUUCAAACUCUUAUAACGUAUAUUGAUUUGAAGGAAGCGCUUGAAAAAAGGCAAAUGUAUCCUGAGCAAACUGCUGCCGAACAUCAGUCUCAUAAAGCGGUUUGGACUGUUCUUGGAAACUUGUCUCAAAUUCAGCAGGAGGUGAUUUCAUUUGAUGGAAACAGAACAGAUAAAAAUUACAUGAGAUUGGAAGAACUUCUUACAAAACAACUUCUAGCACUUGAUGCUGUUGAUCCACAAGGCGACGAGCGGUGUAAGGCUGCCAGAAAGCAAGCAGUAAAGCUUGCACAGAAUAUUCUUUACUAUCUGGACAUGAAAACAGAUGAAUGGGAGUACUGAAACAGCCAUGGCCUAACACAGAAGAACGUUUUUUCCUUUGGCACUUUAUGCAGACCAUUGCCAGCACGUAAUAAAAGUGGUGUGUUCUGUGCUUGCUUAAAUCACGGAGAUUGCAUAAGCAGUUGACUUGGCUAUAUGUCUGCUAUCCCACGCAGUCACCCACUUGCCAUGGCAACUGUCAGUAUACCAUCAGCAACUCUGGUCAUUGCUAUAAGCAAGGAAGUGUGAUUUCCUGAAGGAAUAGCUUAACACUUGAUCAAAUGGCUUCUUUCCUUUUCCUGUUUUGUUUUAAUAACCUUGUACAGUGUUCAGUGAAUGCAGAUUUUUCAAAGAUGCAGAAACUUCCUUAUGGUACAGUACUGGCAAAACUAUUUAAAGAAGACCGGACCUGAAAAUUAGUAUUCAAGCAUGAGGCUCCAUCCAGCAACUUCACAGCAGCCCGGGUAUACACUUAAUGUGUUGUUACAACAGAAGGUGUUAAGUGCAAAAAACCUGUUGGCUUUUGGGUUGUAUUUGAUUUAUUCCAUCCAUCACACCUUUCUGGGUAUUUAGAUUUCUCACUUAAUGGAGCUAUAAUGCCAACUGCAAAUUAGCAUUUAUGCAGGUAAAGCCAAUUAUGUCUAUUUUCUGUAAUACCUGAACCCUCUGGUUUGCAAAAACAGGUCUUCUGUUGGUGGAAACUAUUUCAAAUUGUUGCUUUUACUGAGACUCAGAGAGGAAAAUUUGUACAUAUAUACUGACCAGAUAAAUGGGAUUUUGAGAAUUUCACACUGCCAUCCAUAAACCCCUGAAAACUGCACUGAACUUUAUUUAGUGGCUGCUUAUGUGUCUUUUUAACCUCUGCUGUUAGAUCUGGUUUUGACUUGUCUUUUCACAUUUGGUGAAAACAGAAACAGAAUUCACUUUGACGUGAACAAGCAUUUUGGAAUUAUUUUUGUAAAAUUAGGUAGUUAGCUAUAAAGAUGUCCCUAAUGAUGUAAAUGUUAUAUAUUUCAUACUGGUCAGGUGUGGCUUCAAGCAUGUCUUGGAAAAGACUUGUGGCAAAUGUCUCUCCUUGCAACUCAUCACCUAACUGUUUUAGUAACUUCGUAAAUAAGCUUGCUUGUACUGUUGUAUGCACCUACCUUUUUAUUUGUGGCUGCUAGUGCCAAUCACAUUUCUACUAUAGCAUGGGUUUUGGCAUUUUUUUGAGAGCAUGGCAUUAAACCGAAUUAAUUGUAAAGAUAUAUUUAAUUAUGGAUACUUUGCACUUCGCUCUUUCAUGUUGAAUUAAUGAAUUAUUGUUCUGUAGAUGAUGAUUUGCACCACUUCAAGGAGUAAAAACCAUUUCGGAUGUUAAAAUAAAUAUUUUUAGAUCUAUUUUUGUCUGAUUAGAAAAGACAAUACUGUCUGUGAGAGACAAGUGCCUUUAUGACACCACUAACUUGCACCGUCAUAUGUAGAUACAGGAACUGUUUACUGGCAGCUUGAUACGCUUAUAGUCUUUGCAAACUGGAUUUCUCACAUAGAUAUAAUUCUACUAUAAUAUAUGUCAAGUUAACAUAAUACAAUAGGUGACAGUUGUUCUACAGAGUCCUGAGAAUGAGUAUCAAAUUUGGGAAAUACAGAUUCUGCUUAAAAAUGAAUGCAUUGAUGUGGAGAUGGGGGACUUUGGGCAGGUCUUCUGUGCCUAUUGCUACAAGAAGGAGAGAAUAGGUUUGCUCCAUAACAUGCUUUGAGAUGUUGAUGAAAGGCUGUGUAACUUCAGGGUGUGAAUAUGUUUUGUUUGUGAUUGUACAGGUGAUUGCUUUGCAAUUUUACUUGCCAAAAACAAUCUAUUUUUUCAAUUAAGUACAGUGCCUAAGGCACAAUUUGGCAAUGACAGAAUGUUUGUUGGAGGAUUCUCUCUGCUCCUUCCGAGAUAUAACCCUUUUGAAUUUAUCUCUCCUUGCCUCAAAAAAUCAUCUCCUCUAGUUAAACUUCCGAUCUAUAUUUAUAUAUUAUGUGGCUAACACAGAAUUUUAAUAACGUUAUUCACCUGAAUUAUUUUACUCAUUUCAAGCUUUCUACAUGUUUGAACUGCAACUUCUGAUUUGCACUUAAAUUUUUUAGGAAAUACAAGAAUUCAAUAGCGUAAUGAUACUCAUUUUUCUUUAAUAUUACUGUCAGGUCUGCAGUGGUUACCCAUAGAUUGUUAAACAAUUUAGUGUCUGUGUUCUUUGGAGGUUACGUGUAGCUUUAUAAAUGUUUGAACCUGUUACGUAAAAAUGAGUAAGUAUAGUUUUCAGAUCUGUUCUAUUUUAAGUUGGUAUGUCUUUUAGUUUUUCUGAAUGAAUUGUUAUGCCUGUGUCUCUAAGGAGGCAAAUGUGUAAGGUUAGUGUAGUUUUGACUGAGUAGAGUUCAGUAGCAAGAUAUUGUGCGGAUUAAGCUUUUUUCCAUUGCUCUAUAAUCUAAUAAAUUGACUAUUUCAUUUUUAUGGUAAAAUACUCAUCUGAAAUGGGAUUAAUUCACAGUUUUUGCAUGAAUGAAAAUAAUAAACUAAAUCUGCUUAAUCAAAAAAAUAAUGCACAGAUUUCUCAAAAUCUUGCUUUUGUGCUAAAGAAUGUAAUUUUUCUGAUUUUUAUAUCCAAAGAUUGAGGGACACACAACUUUUCUUUCCAAUACGGUAGGCUAAAAUAAUCAAAAUGUAAAUGGACCAAAUUUCAAAAGCCUGCAUUUUACUACUAUACUGAAAUAUAGUAACUUUUCUGUGUGCUGUGUAAUCUAUCUUAGAGCAAAAUAAAUUAUUGGAUAUUCAGAGGAGAGGUAAUCCUACAUCGUGAUUCCUAUUUGUUAAUUUAUUUCUUUUUAAACUAGUUUUCUUUAGUUAUUUCAGUGUUUAUUUUUGUUGUUUACCACUCAAAGUGGUUUUUCUGUGUUACCAGUUUGGAGAUUUUUGUUAAGUAUGGUUCCUACUUUUUCAAUUUAACAGAAAUUAGUGUAUGUGCUCCUUAUGGUGUAUAUGUCUUGAAUUAAUGCUGGGUAGGAUAUGUCAUUUGUAUAUACAAAUUCAAGAUUAAAUAUUGCAGUGUUACAUUCUUGAUUAUUAAUAAAAAUACAAUACUACCUUUUACUAGGUAUUCAUUUGAAUGUUAUGCCCUGCUGCCUUUCUCUAUUUAUUUUUGAAUGUGAGUUAUCAGAAUGUAAAUGAUUUUUGUCUUAGAAAAAGUGUUUUUAUUAAACAUACAGACAUAAAGCUCUUUUUUUUCCUUCCUUUAAAAGUUGGCUUUUUCACUGCUGUAUUUAUGACAAUAAAGUUCCUUGUGUGGAAACCA